ACGAGAGACGUUCUGGAUCUGGAUCUGGACAGUGGACAGGGUCGAGGGCUCGCAGUCAAUGCUGACGGCUGUGAAACGAUGGCUCGGAGCUCACGCCGGCAGUAGCCACGACGGGAGGCGGCUCGGCGAUCGCGGCGCUGGCAGAACAUCCGGCGGGGGUGAAGCUGCCGCCGUGUCGAUCCCCGCGCAGGCGUUGGGAGAGUCCUGGCUGCAGAGUGAAUCGGGGGGUCUCUAGACGGCGAAACACUCCACGGACGGGCGAGUCCGACUGCAACAAAGUGAACGUACGCCUGGAAGGAGAUACGCGCUUCAGAGAUGCCUCUCUUUAACGCCAAUCCAUUCGAUCAAGAUGUUGAGAAAGCAACAAGUGAGAUGAAUACUGCAGAGGACUGGGGCCUCAUACUGGAUAUCUGUGACAAAGUUGGGCAGUCUCGGACUGGGCCAAAAGACUGCUUAAGAUCCAUUAUGAAAAGAGUAAAUCACAAGGAUCCUCAUGUUGCGAUGCAGGCACUGACUCUGCUAGGAGCAUGUGUAUCAAACUGUGGCAAGAUCUUUCACCUUGAAGUCUGCUCAAGGGAUUUUGCAAGUGAAGUGAGCAACGUGUUAAAUAAGGGACACCCAAAAGUCUGUGAAAAGCUUAAAGCCCUCAUGGUAGAAUGGGCUGAGGAAUUUAAGAAUGACCCCCAACUUAGCCUUAUAUCCGCAAUGAUAAAAAACUUGAAGGAACAAGGAGUUACAUUUCCUGCUGUAGGUUCUCAGGCUGCAGAACAAGCAAAAGCAAGUCCUGCUCUGGUAGCCAAGGACCCCAACGUAACAGCAAACAAAAAAGAGGAGGAAGACUUGGCAAAAGCUAUUGAAUUAUCGUUGAAAGAACAAAGACAGCAGCAGACCAUGGUUUCCAGUCUGUAUCCAAGCACAUCAAGCCUUACCACCAGCAAACCUGAAGGACGGAAGGUGCGAGCCAUAUAUGACUUUGAAGCUGCUGAAGAUAAUGAGCUCACCUUUAAAGCUGGAGAAAUAAUUACUAUCCUAGAUGACAGUGAUCCAAAUUGGUGGAAAGGUGAAACAUAUCAAGGUACUGGAUUAUUCCCAUCCAAUUUUGUGACAGCAGACUUAACAGCGGAACCAGAGAUGUUGAAAACUGAGAAGAAAACGGUACAAUUUAGUGAUGAUGUACAAGUUGAAACUCUGGAACCAGAACCUGAGCCAGUUUUUAUCGAUGAAGAAAAGAUGGAUCAUCUAUUACAGACAUUGCAGAGUGCUAACCCCACUGACGGUCAACCAGACCCAGCAGAUCUACUGCAUCUAGAAGGUAUCUGUCACCAAAUGGGACCACUUAUAGAUCAGAAGUUAGAAGAAAUUGACAGGAAGCAUUCUGAACUGUCAGAUCUAAAUGUGAAAGUGAUGGAGGCUCUGUCUUUGUACGCUAAAUUGAUGAAUGAAGAUCCUAUGUAUUCCAUGUAUACCAAGCUCCCAAAUCAGCAGUAUUAUGUGCAACCAUCCUCCGUAGCAGUCUCACAGCAGGUAUAUUCAGGACAGCCUCCCAGUGGCACUUAUGUAGUGUCUGGAACACCUCAAAUGGCUUCAGUCCAGGGUUACAGUCUUGCAGCUGAUCACAUUCCAUCACUUAGUCAGACUGGUCUUCCACCGACAGCAAGCUCAGCUAUGUCUACCCAGCAGGCUGUGACAUCUUAUACUAAUGCUAUGGCUGCAAGUACAUACAUAAGUCAGGCACCUGUCUAUAGUCAAACUCCCCCUUCAAAUGUCGACAUCUCUAGUUAUCAGAGUACAGGUUUAAAUGGACAACAGAUACCAAGCUACAGUGUUUCCUCGACAGCACAUGGCCAAGAGUCUAGCAGUCAACAAUCACCUUACUCACAGAAAGCACUUCUAUAGAGGAUAUGACAUUUCUCAUCAGUUUUGUCCUUUAACUAUUAACCCUUAAUGCUGGUUGAGAAUAAACAGGCAGUGCUUUAAUUCACAGCAAUUAAAAUAUCAUCAAUAUGCACCAGUUGCACUGAACUUUUGUUUCUUCAAGCAGAACCACCUAAUACUAAAGAAGGACAAAUGGUAAGAUACCCCUGAAGAAGUAUCAUGAUGUCCCAUUUCAUGGGAUAAAAUGGAACUGAUAGCUGUUGUGUACAUAAUGUUGGUUUAUUGCAUUAGUAUUAAAUUUGAUAGCCAUAAGUGAAAAUGUGAAGAUAAACUGUUACAGUUGAUAUAGAAAUUUAAUUCAUGGUGGAUUUCAAAUUAGAUUAUCAAUUUUUCUAGUAAUUUUAAUUUAUAUAUAUUUAAAGUAGAUAAUGUUUCAUCAUCCUUAUUAUGUGAAGGAUCAAAUCUACAUUGCCACAUUUUGCACUCUGAUGAAAAAAAAAAGGCCGCCUAGAUGCCUGCAAUGAUGUUUUGCUCAUUCUGGUCUAAAAGAGGAAGCUCAAAUGAGUUAUAGGACUUUCUAUGCAUUUUGUUUUGCUCCUUUUUCACCUCCAGUGAUUCUGCUUUGGCUUCUUUGUUUUAAACAUUGUUAUAACCUGUUUUUUAUAAAAUUUAUCUUAUUCACCAUAUGCCUAACCUAACUUAAAAUGGAAUUUAUUUUUCAAAUGAAGAGUCAGAAACUUAUUUGUGACUCAUUACAACCAUCUGCAGUUUAAUGCUCAGCUAUAUAAUGGACUGCCUUCAUAUAAUGCUUUGGACGAUUGCAUCCUCCAAAUCUUCAUUUUCAUUGUAACAUUCAAGACGAUUGUCGAUACUCCAACAAGUUAGGAAUUUGAAGGUAGUGAAAUCAUUUCGUUUUCACUCCUGGCUGUAUCUGGCAUCUCCAAGCCUGAACUUUUGAAACAAAACAGUUCUAAAUUGUGUUACUGCUUAUUUCUUGCCAACUAUCAGUGACAGAAAUCACUGCUUUUUGAAAACAAACACAUGCAAUUGAUGCUACAUUAAAAACUGUUCACUUUAUUUACCAUGUGUCUUAAUGGCCACACAAGUGCACACGACUGAUGCUAUUUAGAAUGUUCAGCAGAGCCUCCUGUCCCAGUCAAGUGGCACAGUGUCCCAAAUAAAUGAAGGGAAUCCAGGCUAUUUUCUUGAUUAGUUUUGUUCUUUAAGAGUUAACCCAAAUAAAGUGGCUGCUCCGAUUAUCCAGAAUCCACUGAACUAGUGACUUUUUCCAUGUAAUUCUAGGUCCAAAUGCUUACCCACCAAAGACAAAGCAACGAAGCAAAAUCUGCUCUUAACACUGUUUUGUAAUUGGAGUCAAUCCUUUUUAAUUGAUUGGGGUUGUUUGAUCUUAAUGCUUUUGCAAUAGCUGGAAAAGGUGAUCUUUAGAAUUUAAUUGACAGUAUUCCAGUACUAAUUUUCUUGGCCAACUGAAUUAAAGUGCAAAAACGAGGAAAUCUGCAGAUGCUGGAUAUUCAAGCAACACACACAAAAUGCUGGUGGAAUGCAGCAGGCCAGAGAGCAUCUAUAGGAAGA